CUCACCGGGCUGCAGCGCCGCCGUGUUGGGUGCGGCGUACACUCACCAGUCCCACUGCCUGCCUUCUCCUUGACUCAGGGGUGAGUCUCUCACUUCCUAAGUCAGAAACGCGCUCGAGUGAGCACUGCGACCAUGGGAACACCCGGGCGUCGAGUACUCUCCAGGGCGGCAAGUGAAGACAAGGUCCUGGACUCUCUGCUGAAGGAGAAUGCAUUCCUGACAGUGAACACAUCGACUUGGCCAGUGAACGUUGUCAGAGACUUGGAAAAGGACUUCGCUCAGGAGGAUUUUGCCGAUCUUCAGAUUAAGUAUCAAGAGGCGUUGAACACCGUCAAACAGCUGCAGAAUGAGCAGUUGGCACUUACCUACCAUAAUGAUUUACUCAGUGCCAUACUGGAGAGCACGGAGGAGCAACUGGCAGAACUUUCCAGAGAAAACAAACAGGCCUACCAGGACCUGGAAAUUGCACGUCAAGAAAAGCAGCUGCUGGAGUUAAAAGUAGAGAAGGUGCAACAGGAGCUGGGCCUCAUGGUCAAGGAGAACAUAAACAAGGAGGAGCAGGCACCUGAGAAACAGACAAAUGUAAAGCUGGCUAUGCAAGAUGCAAGCUCUCAGACUGACCUUCAGUCAGCUAUAAAUGACCUAAAGGUAGAAGCAUGGGAGACUUCUCAAAAAACAGGAGAAGAGAAGGAGCAGUCUCCAUUACCCAGAAAAGCAGGCCUGGAGGACAGAAUCCCACAGGAGACAACAGCGGGUGGCAUUUUAUCUGCCUUUUUUAGGAAGGGGCCAUCUUCUGCCUUUGAGCAAAGCCUGGGAAGAUCAGAGAAGCAGCAAGAAGAGUCCAAACAGAGAGUGCCAUUGGGUAAUGGCAGCAGUGUUGAUCUUGUCCUGGAAGAAGACGAGCCAGCUUUGACAUCCAUUGAGGACCAUGAACAACAAGUGGAUGAUUCAGUGGAGUCACCCUCUUCUCCUAAGGAUGAACAGGAGCAAGAAGUGGGUGUAAGUCCAGUAAUGGCAAGACUUUUCCAACGGUCACUGUUCAAGCUCUCUGUCUUCAGGGGCUUCCUUGAUGUGGCCAGAAAGCCACAGGAGGAAAGUCUGGUAAAUGAAGACCCCAACAAUCCUAGUCUGGUGAAUCAGGAAACCAUCGAUCUUCAGGAAAAGCUCCCAGAGGACGAACCUUUACAACCGGAGUCUGAGGUCAACUCAGUUGCUGCUCCAGUCUGUGAGAUUUCAGAGAAUGGAACCACCGACCAGCUGGAAGAGGCUGAUCCAGGAAUUGUGGACACAGCCAUUGGGGUUAAUGAACAGGAAGACAGUCCCCCCAAGGUGAUAAGACUGCCCACCAUUGGCCCUGCCAAGUUGCAGGGAGAUUUGGGCCAGCAAGCGGGCAAAGCAGGCGAGUGUCGGCUGUCCUAAGACCCACAAAACUGCAAAUUUAUUUGUUUAAACUGUAAAUAAAAUUAGUAUUUGUAUUAA